UAGCUUUCGUAUAGUUGUCAUUUCAGUUUUUUUAUAAGUGAAAACUGUAGUAUUAAAUUAAAUAGAAAGUUAUGAUUAUCUCAAGUCAAAAGUCUUUGACGGACGACAGGGCCUCGCCACAAUACAGUCCGUCUGUGUUGAUUGGAAACUGGGCGGAAAGGCGCUACGCAGUGGAGGAGCAGAGCAACGCCAUCCUGCCUGGCAUCCAAGUGGUUGGAUGUGAACAUCAUCGGUCGCUCUACAAGGAUUCAUUCACGGAAGAAGAUUUCGUUUCCCCCGAUACAACGCCAUUUUUCACGGAACACCGAAAGCUGGCCUAUCAGAAUUUUAUGAAAAACGGGCGUUCCAAUUUGAACCUGGUUGAUAAUGAUUCUUUGAAGCGCAAUUUCACCACAACUAUGACCCUUGAGUUCCAGGAACUUCCUAGGCUAAGGAUGUUACACGCUUGUAGAGAUCAUAACAAGAUGGGGCCUCCUCAGCAGCCGUUUGAGGUCGAUCGACUUCAGGCAUUCGGUAAUCUUACAAAGACCCACAACUAUCUAAAGCGCUUCAAGUGCGAGAAACUUCUGUCGGAGCUUAGUUACAUGCAAACAACGUAUUCUGCUUUUUUCAACCGGGCUCGGAAGCGUCAGCCAAUCUUUGAAUUCGGUCCAGACUACGAUGGCGUGGUAAAGUUUGAUUUGGCAUGCUAAUAAAUUUAAUGUCGGAAAAACUGAAAUUUAUAAUGUAUUAUUAAAUAUAAAAUGUAGAUGUAUUGUAGUCUAAAAUGCUAAAUAAAAAAUCGUGUGUAAAAGAAGUCGGUAAUUUAUAUUACAAGAUUCAAUUUAUUUCAAAUCAUUUUCUUGUAUAAUCAUAUGGUUUUUAUAAUUUAAGUAGUCCUUAUAGUUUUGAUGCCAGAAAUUCAUUGUGGUUUAUUUUUUUUUGGUUGCAUAUGCCUAGGCAAUGGCUUUUUUAUUCUUUUAACCCUCUGUUUGGCUAUUUUUUACUUUUUUGAGUUUUCAUUUUGGAAAUUAGUACAGCAAGAGACGGUUACAAUAUGUAUUUUUUGUCUUGCCUUUGUUAUAGAAUAUAUAUGUAAAUAUUAAUUAAUUAUUACAAAAAGUAAAAUUUUACGACAUUAAACUAGACGACGCAAUUUUUUUUUCAUAUAAUUACUCGCUUAAAUACUUUACUUUUGACUCGAUAUUUGCUUGCCUUAAAAUCGUAUUUUCUUACUUUUGAAUUCCAUAAUUUUGGACUGCCAUAAUAGGUAUCAUUUUCUAUUUCGAAUAUUUUUCAUCUUUUUGGCUGAUGAUUAUUUUUAAAAUGAUUCUUAAAAUCUAAACCAAUGGAAGGUGAUUGGGGUUAAGCGUGUGGUGUUGUCAGUGGGUGUUUGGUGGUCAGAUAUUUUGUUGUUAGUUUUUCGGUUUUUGGUCUGAAUAUUGUAUUUUUGAUCAGGGA